UCCCCCCCCCCCUCACUGUCUGUGUUUUUCUCUCUGCAGAAUUUCCUAAAUUUCUCCUCUAUCCUAUCUCUUCCGCUCCUCAAUUCCCUUUUUUCCUUUUAUCUGUAAUGCAUGAUCUUCUGGCCAAAUGCCAAUUUGAUUUUUAAUUUCAGCCUUUUACUGGUUUUUCAUUGGCGGAAUUCGCUGUUUUGAUUCCGGAAAUGCUCGCAGCUAUGGAAAGUUCCGUCAAUGGUGGCUUCUCCCACUUGCAGAGAUGUGGAGAUAGCAGCGAAGAGGAGCUCUCUGUGCUUCCUCGUCAUACCAAGGUGGUGGUCACCGGAAAUAACCGUACUAAAUCGGUGCUUGUUGGUCUCCAAGGAGUGGUUAAGAAGGCCGUAGGGCUGGGCGGUUGGCAUUGGCUGGUUCUUACAAACGGUAUUGAAGUUAAGCUACAGAGGAAUGCUCUUAGCGUGAUAGAAGCACCUACAGGUGAUGAGGAAGAUGACGAACUUGAAUUUGAAAAUAUGCGGUGGAAUGGAUCAGAUAUGGCAUCGGACGACACUCAAAAGUCCCACAAAUCGAGGCACAGGAUGCAGAGAUCAUUGGGAUCAUCGCACAAGCAUACGAGCAGGUCCCUCUCUGGCGAUUCACAGUCUAAGGGGUCCAUCUCUACGCCUCAAGGGGCCAUGAAGGUUGACUUGAGCAAACUGGAGAUGGCUGCAUUAUGGAGAUAUUGGCGACACUUUAAUCUUGUGGAUGCCGUUCCAAAUCCAUCGAAAGAGCAGCUAGUCGAUGUUGUUCAAAGGCAUUUCAUGUCUCAGCAAAUGGACGAGUUGCAGGUGAUCAUGGGAUUUGUCCAAGCUGCAAAGAGGCUGAAAACCGUGUGCAAAUGAGACGGAGAUGAGUGAAAUAAGGGAUUUUAUUGUGAUAUCAUCUAUGCUAACAAGAAACGGUACUCAAAAUCCACUUGCCCUUGUUGGAUGUAACAUAAUUAUCAGUGGUUUGUAUGUAUGGAUACCAAAAGUAGUAGGUUAAUUAUGAGUUAUAGAGGCUCUUUCUUUUUUGGCAGCCUAGCUAAUAGUUAUGUAGAAAUAUGUGACCCUUGUGACUUGUUUGGCGAAGCCUCCAGGGGCUUUCAUUUUCUAGCUUAUUGCUGACCUGGGAAGUGAGUUUCCUCAUUGUAUAUAUAUUCUAUCUGAUCCCAUUGUCCUAGCUGUGAUUUCCUUCAUUGCUGAUCGCUUUAUCAUGCGGAGUGGUAA